AGAAAUUGACAUUUUUAGCUUCCUUAUCACGAUAUUCUUGUCAACAAUAAAUGAACGUCUGGAAUAUAUACAUAUACAUACAGGCUUAUAUAAAGGCUAAAUGAAUGGAAACACGUUUAUGUACACGAGGGAACAUGUAUAUUAUGUAAACAGAAAUAUAGGAUACCUCUGAUACCCCUGAUGAAAAGCAUUCCUGCCGUAACCAUCCAGUCCUUUUGUAUAUCUAAAACUACAUUAUCGAAUGUGCCCUUCCUUUUUUUUUUAAAGACAAUAGGGUGAGAUUUGAAGGGAAUUUAACUGCUAUUUUUAGCAGAUCGAGUGAGUGUGUAGAAGCUCUCACGUUGGGCUCGCAAACUCGCUUAUGUAUUUGGGAGUGUAUGUGUGUGUAAACACUCGCCUCGCAAUUUUAUGAAUCGAUAAUGGGAAAUACGAAUAUAAAAGAAUUUAUCUAAUUAUAUAAGAUAGCGAAACUGGAAAACGCUGAAAAUGUAUUGGUAAUUAUCACUAAAUUCCGGUUAUUGGCUUGAAAAUAAAAUAAACCCCGUACGUGCAAUAAGGAGGAGAAAGUACCGCCGCGUAGAUAAUGUGCCAUGUGAAAUUUAAAGGCUUCGAAGCUGACCCGGAAGUAAAAACUCUGUGUUGUCAGUAAAAUAGUUAUAUAAUAAAGUGUCAAUUAACUCCAUCCAUUAUACAAGUCAGACUCAGUGUAGGUUUGUUGUAUGCUGUGGCAGGUCUGACAACAUUGUCGUCGGAAUAACUUGCUACUCAUCAUACAGUAAUCGCUACAUAUGUACUUAUUAUUAAAAAAAAAGAAAUUAAAACAACUAAGUUCAUAAUACGAUGGUUGUUGUUUGUAAUCUUAACGAAUCUCCGAACUGUUUUUUCUGUUUAAAUCAUACACAGUGUAAUGACAAGAACCGGCAAACAGCAUUUAUUCAGCUUUUAACAAGCAGCUGCUGGGACGCAGAAAUAACAGCAGAAAAAGUAUCUGGUUGUGAUGUUUAAAUCUUAUGUAAGUUAGCUAACAGUUACUGAAUGGUGCUCUGGGAAAACAAACAAUGGUUGAUUUAAGGCAAGAUAAUAAUUAUUUAGAUUCUUCUGAAAGUUCACUGGUGUUUAGAUUGUUGGGACAAGCCGAUAAUUUGGCUCAGAAUGGUAAAAUCACGUUAGCAUUCAAUACAUACUCGAAGGCUUUGAAACUAUUUAACUACCCGGCUCAGAAACUGCUCUGUCUUGCUGAUGCUUUAAUAAAAUCUCACAAUAACCGAGAAAUUUAUACCCGUAUGUCUUCGGAAAAAAUUCAACUCUUCAGAUGUUACGUGUGUAAAGAGGUGUUUAUAGAACCAAUUACUUUAUCUUGUGGGCACACCUUCUGCACAAAGUGCCUUACCACUGACAUCUUGUCGUGUCGGGUGUGUGGAGCAACAGAAUAUGCAAGAGGACAAACUACAUUGGUACUUUGUAACUUGGUGGAGAAAAUUUUCCCAAGACAUGUUUGUGCUGAGAAGCUGCUCAUGAAAGGCAAACAACUGGUGGAAGACGGAGACUACAUUCAAGCAAUAGAUGUAUUUACAAAAGCUCUGAAUGAAGCUCCAUCAUCUCACCUUGUUUUGAUCAAUCGCAGCAUGGCAUACACUUCUAUUGGCAAAUAUACCCUUGCUUUGAAUGAUGCCGAAGCGGUAAUAAAGCUGCAGCCAACGUGGUCUGAAGGAUACUAUAAGAAAGGUGUUGUAUUGUAUGAAAUGCAGAGAUAUACAGAAUCUGUGUCUAGUUAUCUUGAUUGUUUAACAAUCAAUCCUUCAAGUAGUACAUCAAAAAAGCAGCUAAUGAUGGCAUUACACAAAUUAUUGAAGGAAGAUGCUGAUCAAGAACAUCAGCUUUGUACUUCAGCAACACCUGGGUUUAUACCUUGUGUCAGCUCCAAAAUGGAAACAGAUAAGGAUCAAGCAUUGCUCCAGUGUGAAGCUAGUGAAUAUCAAUUUGACACAUGCAAAGGGAAAAUACAAAGGAUAAUGAAGGUUGAUAAUGAAGACAGUUGCAAAAAAUUCUCUAGGUUUAAUGAAAAUAAAAGUCAUUCAUUACCAGUGUGUUUAUUUCCACCCAAAAUAUUCCAGUUAAAAUCAGCAUCUGAACCAUCGUUACAGGGUACUGAAUUUAAUAAAAAUAAUGAAGACAGUUCUUCCAACUCACAAAUCCCUCCAUCUCAAUUGGAUCAGUGCCAACCAGUAAUACUCUGUGACAAAGCCUGCUGCACUCCAUGCAUUCAUCUGUUGAAAUUAGAAGAUCUUCAAUGUAGUUUGUGUUUUGUUUUGCUCUUUCAACCUGUUGUGACACCUUGUGGCCAUACAUUUUGUAAAGAAUGCUUGGUGCGAUCUCUUGAUCAUAAUCCAAAGUGCCCACUUUGUAAAUCUUCUUUGGAUCAAUAUAUUGCUGAACAAAACUGGGCUGUGGUAGAUAGUUUGCAGAACAUUAUUUGCACUUAUUUCCCUGAAGAUUAUGCUAAAGUUGAAAGAGAGCAUGAAGAACUGAUGAAAAAAUUUGCAUGCAAGGACAGAACAUGUGAAAUUCCAGUUUUUGUCUGCACAUUUGCUUGCCCCACCAUCAGAUGUCCUCUCCACAUAUUUGAACCUCGCUACAGGCUGAUGGUCAGGCGAUGUCUUGAGUCUGGUUCCAAUCAAUUUGGAAUGACUAUUCAAGAACCUAAUGGAAAUUAUCCUGAAUUUGGUUGUAUGCUUAACAUCAAAACUGUUCAGAUGCUGGCAAAUGGAUGUUCAUUAUUAGACACUGUUGGUGGUAGGCGUUUCAAAGUGCACAGUUGGGAAAGUUUAGAUGGAUACAACACCGCUUUUGUGUCUUUUUUUGAAGAUGACCCAAUAGACUCAGUAGAACGUGAAGAACUACUAAAUCUUGAAAGAGAAGUUUAUGAAAAGAGUAAAAAAUGGUUAAAGUUGCUACAACCAGAAAGUGUGAGAGAAAUCACUGAUCACUAUGGAUGCCUUCCAAAGUUAUCAUCUACUGAAUUAGAUACACCCAAUGGUCCUGCAUGGGUGUGGUGGAUGAUUACCAUACUACCAAUUGACAGUAAAUUACAAAUAACAGCCAUGUCAUUUAAAAAACUACAACAAAGACUUCUAUUCAUAAAAAGUGCCAUCGACACAAUUCAAAGUAAAUUGUCAAGUUGAUAGAUAAAGGGAACAAUAUCAGGUAGCUUACUACCCAUAUCACUCCUCUUUUGAAAACAUAUCUGAACCAAUGAGUGAUGAUAGGUCAUCAUAAGAAAGAAGAAUGAAUUUUUAUAGCUUUUUUUUUUUAAAGAAUAUUUUGUUGCUUUUUUUUAAAAAAUUAACAGCAGUUAAUUUCCUUGCACAACCAUAAAAGGCUAUAGGUUAAAUAAUCAUUUAGAUAUUUGUUUAUAGUAUUACAAUUGUUUUCAGUAUUUAUAGCAGACAGUCCAUCCUAACAGGCAAGAUUAUCUGCUAGUUCAGCGACAGUGGCUUAAUCCUGUAUAUAUUUUUUAUUUAAAGCAAUGUUAAUAAGGAAAACAAUCUAAUUAAGAAAUACUCAAAUAGAGAAAUAAAAUAAAUAUAUCAAACAGUUUGUUAAAUUACUUGAUCAAUACAGUAAUGUAGCAAAUAUCCUUUCUUGCCAUCAAAUUCAGCAUUCCUGUCCAAAACCCUAACAUUGCUCUUAUUUUCCUCUCUGAAUAAGGUAAAUUACAUGUCUUUGAGCAAAUUAGUUCAUUGUUAAGUAAUUAUUUUGAGUACCUCUUCAAUUUCAUCAUAGAAGAAAAUUCAGAGUAUUAUAUAAUAAUAUGUAAUUUUCUAGAUGGUAUAAUUUAAUUUUUCAUUAUUGAAUUGAUAAAAGGUGGGUUUUUUUUUCUAAUUUAUAUAUAUAUAUAUAUAUAUAUAUAGCAGUUGAACAUGAUCUAAAUUAUUCAAACAAGGAAGCGAAUAUUAUGCACUUGUAAGACAAGCCAUAUGUAAAUUCCAAACUUAUAUUCUCAAUAUUUUAUAAAACACUCUUGGAUGAUUGACAGUGGAGAACUUAUUAAAAAUUACAGCAGUCUUUCCAUUUUAGCUUUCAAAUAUCAUCAGUCAUUUGAUAUAAACUUAUUUGAGAAGAUUAAAAUUAUCAUGUGUAUAUGUAUUGUGAGUUCAUUUCUACUAUUGGCAUUUCACUGUGUUACAGCUACAUGUGCUUCACCUGUCAGGAUAAGGUAGUGUGAUAUUUGUAAUGAGAACAUUCCCAGGAUUUAUUCUUACAUGACAAUGGUAACUAAAAAAACCCCUCUUGUGUUCUCUCCUAUAAAAUUUUGUAGAUGGUUCUGUUUUAUAGCAUGAGCAAACUAAAGGAUAUCGCAAUUGUCAGCUGCCAACUGGAGAUCUCUGAUUUUAAUAUCUUCCAAAUGAAUCACUACUUCUAGGAAUACCAUAUAACAUGAUGCUAUCUAGAAGUUAUGAGGGUGUAGAUUAUUCAUAGUGUACCUACAUCCUUUAUAAAUGAAUACGGUAACAAGAUAUAAAGCAGUUGAUUUGUGUUUCAGAUAUUUAAAUUCUGUAACUCAUCUAAUUAGCAAUUUUUCUCAUAACAAAAAUCUUUACCAGAGAUCCUUGAUGCUUAGUUAUCCAAACUGACCAAGAUCAUACUUUCUGUUGCUUUAUCUUUGUGAUAACUUUUUGAAUAAUAAGAAUGAUCUUUCUUUUUUUUUAAAUUUUAACCCUUUUGUGACCUAGUGUUUUGGUAUGUGUAGCCAAAAAGACUAAACAUUUUUUUUUCUAUUGACAAACAUCUACUGAAAGAUGAUCUCUGAUUAGCUAUUACACAUCAAAACCAACCAUUUACAACAUUUGUUCUAUCAGGCUGAUGGAUCGGCCUCAAAGUCCUUUUAGCUUGUAUCACGUGGGCCAAUCAAUCAACCUGGGUGGCCUAAGAGGGUUAAUAAAAUUUAUGCAGGUUGGUUUCCUUGAUUUCCAGAAUCUUAGAGCAUUCAUACCUCCAUACAAAGCUUACAGCCUCAGUUUGUAUCAUACAUACAUUGUUUUUGCUGGUAUUUUUAGGCUUGGAGUACUUAUAUGAUCCAUUCCCACUCCCUGGUAGUUCACACAAUUCUUUAUAUAUUCUGGUAUCUUCUCUGUAGUUAUUUCUAGUGGGAGGAAACAUUCAUUGGUUUUGUUUAGUAUGCUCAACCCAUUUGCAGGCCAGUCAUGCACCUGAGAUCCUUAAAAAAAAAUGGAUUUGUAGCAGCAAUUUUACCUGCAUCAUGACACUCCUGAAUCCUUUAAUGUCAUUCUCAUUGAUGUAGCUGUUCCUCAAGCAUUUAUAGAAGUCAAGUUUUCAUUUGAUUAUCCUUUUUUUUUCAAUAUUUACAUUGUCAACGCACACAUAAUCAAGCUCCUUAUUGAAUUCACUCAAUUUGCUCAAAUUUUCCAAAGCAGCAUAGAAGAUUGUGUUACUAUUGAUCUCUUUUGUGGAACUUAAACAUUUCUACUGUAAACAUUAACUCAGGGGACUAGUGCUCUUUCCAAAUGUUCAGCAUUUUAUUGAAAUAUAUAUUACUGAAGUAAAUUUGAAGCAAUAAAUGCAUAUUUUCCUGCUAACAAGUUAAAUUUUUAUUAGCAACAUCAAUCAUGUAUUAAACAAUAAAAACGUCUAUAGUUUCUGAAUAUAGGUACCAUAUUUUUUGUCUGUUCUACCAAAAGGUUCUAUCAUUUCUACAUAAGCCAUCAUAACUUUUAAAGUUAAAAGUAAUAUAAUGGUGAUUUUAUGAUGAUUUGACACAUUGCCUUGUGUACAUUGUAUAUUCCAUUUCACUUUAACCACCUCUUCAUUUUAUCUCCUUGCUGUUACCUGUGUUAAAUAAGAAAACUAGAGAAUACGUGUAAUACAAAAAUAUAUUUAAAAAAUGCAGGAACCAUUAACUAAUUUUUUGAAAGCAUUCUGGGUAUCAGCUGGUCAUGUCUCAGUAUCAUACAAACAUAACACUUGCUUCCACCAGACCUCAAUAUUACAUCACAAUAGUAUAAGUUUCUCUUCAGUCCUAUUUUGAUUGCUGAAUAACUAGCUCCGAAUCACUGGAAUAAAAGCUAUACAGCCAAAAUGAGGUAUUCCAGUUUAAGUUAAGAAGUGAGUCUUCAAGGUGUUUCUAACAACUGUUGUUUUUAUUUUAUCAAAUUUAACUUCAGAUGAUUAUUGAUCUCUCUCUUUGGAAAAAUAUAUAGACUGCUUUUAUUAUUAUUUUCUUCCUCAAAUAUAUCAGGGUUUUGCCACAAGUGAAAACAACUUUAGAAAUUGAGAAAUUUUUUUAUCAGUGCUUCCUACACAGCAGCUGUAAUUUAAGUCAUUUUACGCUUGGUCUGUUGUAACACACACACACACACCACACACACACACAUGACAGGAUUGUCGUGACUGGAAUACCUUUCAAGUAGAUUCCAUAUGACUAAUCUGGGACUACACAACAGCACUUAAGUUUAUUUUGAGCCAAGAGUAGACCUCUGCAUGUGAAUGUGACUUGCUAGAUAUAGCUACCAAAUUUUCAAAUUCCCCUCAAAUCACAUCUUACCACUUUCAAUUAGGAAAAUAUACAUUUAAAAAUAUUGUUCCAAGUUUUCAGACUCUGCAUGUACAUGAGCAUCAUCCAUCAUGUAGAUUCUGUGGUGAACACCUGUAGAGGAGGAUGAAAGAGCAAUUUCUGGAAAUGAAUGUAAAAUCCAAUUCACUUGAUAUCUCAGCUGCAGCUUGGGCAAAUGUCUUCUGCUAUAAACUCAAACCUAUCAAUACUUUGUAAGGAAAUUUAGUAAAUGGAAAUUGAAAGAAGGCUGUUGUGUGUGUGUUUCUGUGUGAAUGUUUACAACCUACUCCAAACAAGGUACAAAUGGUGAUGUCACUGCUCAGAUAUAAACAUUGGUAUCAUUGUUUGUGGUUGGGCUGCAACUAGUUACAUUUGUUGAUGCUUUCUUAUCAACAGAUCAUAUGCUAGCUCUAUGCUUUCAGAUUUUUGAAAGGCAGGCAAGGGUUGGUGACAGAAAGAGCAUCCUGCCUUAAUUACUUACCAUUUUAGAAAUGCUAGCAUGGAAAAACAGUCAUUAAAUGAAAUGAUGAUGAACACAUAGGUAUGUAUGUAUGAUAUAUACAUGUAUGCACAUAAAUACAUGUAUACUCACACACACAGUGAAUACAUAUAUAGAACUACACAUGCAAUGUGUUUAAUGCUUUGCAGUAUUUGUUCUGCCUUCUUGAAAUCUGAGUUCAAAUCCUACUGAGGUCAACUUUGCAUUUCAUCAUUUCAAGGUCAAUAACUAAGGUGCCAAGUCUGUAGUAGUGAAGUGAUAGAAUUGUUAGCCCAUAAAAGAUGCCUUGCUGUAACUCCUCUAGUUCUUUACAUUUUGAAUCAUAUUCUCCACCAUAUUGGAUUCCUGUGAUAAUAAGCUAAUUGUAAUAUACUAGCUUCAAGUCUAAUGUUAAAAAAAAAGUGCUCAAGAAGUAAACUAUGUACUGGGAGUUUACAAGAGCCCUGUAUAUGUGGAGGUUGCCUGUAAAAAAAAAA